CUAUCGGGCUAUCGGCUAACAAAAAUCGGAAGUUACCUAACCCAAAUACAAAAUACGCUAAAUAUGAAAAUACACACAUCUGGUACAUCUGGAAUAUUUUACCAAACUUCACCAAAUUAGCAAAUUAGCAUUCGUAAAAAGAAGAAAGUAAGCAACAACUGUUUCGGGAGACACCAACCCCCUCAUUCCCAAAGGAAAAUGCAACGUGGAAGGGGCGGAUAUUACCCACGCCGGUCGCGAGGUCCGGCGGGCCGUCGCGGCGGUGGUGGUGGACAGGGUGCCGGAGGGGGAGGCCACGGUGGAUCGGCCGAUCCUCCGGCGGGAGAUGACAAGGGUGCUCGAGCGGGAGCGCGAGAUGGCCCGCAUCCUCAUGGUGGCCGGAGGGGGCGGAGGCGACACUUUAAGGGAGUUCAUUCGUCUUGCAAUGGACGAUCCAGUGAAGGUGGCUGGUUUCCUGGGUGCCAUCAAGGUGCCCACCCCGGAGUCCCAGCAGUUGCAGGCAAUCCAGCACCAGCUGCAGCAAAUUCAGGGUCAACUGAACUUACAAAAUCAGUAAAUCAGUAAUAAAAACUAACAAAAUUAGUAUUCCAUUACCCCAUUUGCUAAUAAAAGAAAGUAAAUAAACGUCGUU